GGGCAAUUCUCAUCCGGGUCAAACAGAGCCUCCUGCUCUCUGCGAGUAGUGGAGGUACCUCGCUGUCCAUGUUAUCUUCCAGGGAGAUCGAGCCGUAGUGUCCUGAGGCGAGGAACUACCUCUGUCCCAGGCAAAGAAAGUCAAGACCUGGGAGCGGGCCGCAGCUGGGCCGCGCCGGUGAGAUCUUGCGGCACUGCUCCUCCUCUUGCGGCUGUCUCUGGGAACUGGGUGCCAGCGCUGAGGGGCCUCCAGCAGACGGCAGCCCCCUUCCCUGGCUCCCCUGCCCACCCUGCCAGGGAGGGCGGAAGAUGCCAGUGAAGAAGAAGAGAAAAGCCUCCUCCGGGGUGGCAGCGGCAGUAGCGGAAGACGGUGGCCUAAAAAAGUGUAAAAUCUCCAGCUAUUGCAGAUCCCAACCCCCUGCUAGACUAAUAAGUGGAGAGGAACAUUUUUCAAGCAAGAAGUGCCUGGCUUGGUUUUAUGAGUAUGCAGGUCCUGAUGAAGUUGUAGGGCCAGAAGGAAUGGAAAAAUUUUGUGAAGACAUUGGUGUUGAACCUGAAAAUAUUAUUAUGUUAGUUUUAGCGUGGAAAUUGGAGGCUGAAAGCAUGGGAUUUUUUACCAAGGAAGAAUGGUUAAAGGGAAUGACUUCAUUACAGUGUGACUGCACAGAAAAGUUACAGAACAAAUUUGACUUUUUGCGCUCACAGCUGAAUGAUAUUUCGUCAUUUAAGAAUAUAUACAGAUAUGCCUUUGAUUUCGCAAGGGAUAAAGAUCAGAGAAGCCUUGAUAUUGAUACUGCUAAAUCUAUGUUAGCUCUUCUGCUUGGGAGGACAUGGCCACUGUUUUCAGUAUUUUACCAGUACCUGGAGCAAUCAAAGUACCGUGUUAUGAACAAGGAUCAGUGGUACAAUGUAUUAGAAUUCAGCAGAACAGUCCAUGCAGAUCUUAGUAACUACGAUGAAGAUGGUGCAUGGCCCGUUCUUCUUGAUGAAUUUGUUGAGUGGCAAAAAAUACGUCAAACAUCAUAGCAAGAACUGUUGUGAAGAAAAUGCAAACUUUUUGAUUCCCAUGUGUAUACAAGCUAAUGAGUUAAAGGGAAAAAAAUCCAAAGGGUGCAUUUUCAUUCAUAUGAAAGACUUAUAGUACUUUUUUUUCCUUUUUUUUAAAGGAAGUUUUCUUGUUACAUGUGAUGGGCAUUGAACCACACCUCUUCUGAGACUGAAUAUUGACAUUUUUGUUUCAAGUUAUGUUUUUAACAUUUCAGAACAAUAAAGAUUCAGAUUUGUGACAAAGGCCUUAAAGUGAA